UAAUGAUAUCACUCAUCAGCUAGCAGAACCGAAAAUCACAAACAAACAAACAAACAAAAAUGGCUGCCAAGGAUGCACUUUUCAAGCAUUUCUGCAUUUUGUCUGUCGUGUUCCUCUUGAUCAACCACGGAAUAUGCCUUCCCAAGGAUGAAGACAGGAAGGUCUACAUAGUUUACCUCGGUUCUCUUAAUCCAACUGAAACAUAUUCCCCGACUUCUCAGCAUCUCAGUUUGCUGCAACAAGUUGUCAAGGACCAGAGGUCCGCUUCCGCUUCACUCAUCAGAAGCUACCAAAGGAGUAUUAAUGGUUUUGCUGCUAAGCUCACUGAAAAAGAGGCACAGAAGCUAGCCAGCAAGGAUGAAGUAUUUGUUGGGCCGGUUUCUCUCCUAUAUGGAGAAUGAUGAGGGCGGGUGAUGGAAGUAAUCCCACAUGGAAAAAUUGAGAGGAAAUCCAUAGGUUUAUAAGAGAUAAUGGUCUAGCAACCCAUUGGCUUAAGUUUUUGGGUUGCGGAUGGGCCCGAGUCUCAAGUAAGCCCAUGGAUUUUUCCCAACAGUGGUAUCAAAGCCCAAGGUAACGAUCCUGGAGAAGUGCACACGCUAUGCGUGGAAACCCACACCGCGCCAAGGCCCGAGUGUGGAACUCGUGGCUAGUGAAUGGCCUAACAAUUGGUAUCCGAGUUCGGAAGUAAAAAGCCCGGCUCGAAGUCCUCCAUAUAGUCCAGAAUGGGG